AUGGCGAACCAACGAACAGGUCUUCUGUUUUCUUUCCCCUCUCUCCUCAUCAGACAAUCCGUCCGUCUUCACACACCCCGUCAAGAUACAGCUCGAGUCCUCAGACAAUCUUGCCGAUGGCACAGUACAGAAGCCGAGCCUCCGCGAUCGAGCGACCCUCCCGCUGACGUUGACGCUGACGAACCUUCCCCGGAGCUGUCGCACUUGAACCCGUCGCCUGACGAUUACUCCCGAUUCAUCUUCCAGGAUAAAUGUCGCUCUACAAUCCAUGCCGGGUCCGGUGGGAGUGGGUGUGUCUCGUACCUUCGCGAAAAGUUCAUUGAAGAAGGCCCCCCCAAUGGCGGCGAUGGCGGUAGCGGCGGAAGUAUCUACAUCCAAGCUGUCGAGGGCAUGACGAGUCUGCACAAGCUUGCGCGCAGAGGUGUUAUCAGAGCCGGUCGAGGGAAGAAUGGCCAGGGCAAGAGUAAAGGUGGUAAGCGAGGAGAGGAUGUUCUGCUCCAGGUUCCCGUUGGAACGGUAAUCCGGGAAGUAGAGCGGUACGAUCCUGUCGCGGAGGAAAAGAAGCGUCGCAAGAUGGAAUACGAGGCCAAAAUGAAUCAGGAGACGGAUGAGUUGGAUGAGAUUGGAUUUACCUCGAUCCGCCAUGACCGUUGGGUUCUGUACCCUGGUGCCAAACCCUCCGAUUUCCUUACGACAGUGUUCCCUAGAAACCCGCCACGACGAUCGCCGCUUGCCGCGAUGGAACCGAAGGCGCCGAUUCACCUUGAUCUCUCUCAGCAUAUGGAUAAGCCGAUGUUGCUGGCUGCCGGUGCUGUGGGUGGUUUGGGUAACCCGCACUUUAUCUCCCGCACAAUAACCCGACCGAACUUUGCGUCUAGAGGUGAAGGUGGUAUGCGUCUGGAGUUGGAAUUUGAGUUGAAACUACUGGCUGAUGUUGGACUGGUCGGGAAACCCAAUGCCGGGAAGAGCACUUUGUUACGGUCGUUGACUAACAGUCGCACGCGCAUUGGAAACUGGGAAUUCACCACGCUUGAACCAAGUAUUGGUACUGUUGUCAUCGACGAUCACAAAGGAAGGCCGCUUGUCGAGUCCAAGAGAAAACGAACCAACUUCACCAUCGCCGAUAUUCCCGGUCUAAUUGAAGACGCCCAUUUGGACCGUGGUCUUGGUUUAGGAUUCCUGCGACAUAUUGAGCGCGCUGGUAUCCUGGCUUUUGUGGUCGACCUCAGCAAUGGAGACCCAAUCCAGGGAGUCAAGAAUCUGUGGCGCGAACUUGGUGCAUAUGAACGGGUGCGCGAUACUGAACUCUCCUCUGAAGGCGAAGAUUCCAUGUCAUGGCCCAAAGAGCAUGGUCUGCCCGAGUUGGCUGGUCAUGCCAAAUCGCAUGACCCCAUGGAGCAUAUCAACAUGUCGCCUGCUAGCGAAAAAGAGCUUCCCGAGCUUGCAAUUCCACCUAUCCACACGAAGCCAUGGUUCGUCGUAGCUACCAAAGCUGAUCUACCUGAAACCCAAGAUCGGUUCAAAGAGCUGCGAGACUACAUUUCCGCCGUGGGCAAGGGUGAGGUUGAGCAUCCAGGAGGAUACGAACAUGGAUGGAUAGAGAAAGUAACUGUCGUUCCCGUGAGUGCCAUGAGAGGCGAGGGCGUCAGUCGCAUCCCCAAGUUGGUGGUUGAUUUGUUGGAGUACUAG